GGGACCAGCCUCACCACACACCUGCACUACAUCGUUAUCCCAUUUUUGGCUCUGCCUGUGGUUGGCCAUCUAGAGCACGCAGCAUCUUUAACUAGGUACCAGCUAUGUCAAAUCCAACAGGCGGUUUAUCAGAGGACUCAGUAUAUGGAUCCCGGAUGGGGCUGACCGAGAGUUCCCUCGCCAUCCUGGAGCGGGACAGGGGCUCUGUAGAGACCUGGGACGUAGAGGACACCAAGCCGUGUGUGGAAUCCCUGCAGCUCAGCAUGCCCAGCCUUUAUCUCUCCUGCUUCGACAUGCUCCUCACCGAGGACGCCGCUUGGCUGGUGAAAGUCUCGGAGGCAUCCCCGACCUUGGCCAUGCCCAUGUCUCGCAUGGAGCCGCGGCAGGAACCCGAGCAGUGUCCCGUCAUCGACAGCCAGGGACAGGGGCUCUCCCCUGGGCUGGAGGGGCAGGAGGAAGAGCGCUCUCUGGAGCAGGUGCAGAGCAUGGUGGUGGGAGAGGUGCUGAAGGAUAUUGAAACAGCCUGCAAGCUGCUCAAUAUCACCCCAGACCCCAUAGAGUGGAACACAGGAAACGUUCAGAAGUGGCUGCUGUGGACAGAGCACCUGUACAGACUGCCCCAGGCUGGCAAGGCCUUCCAGGAGCUCACAGGAAAGGACCUAUGUGCCAUGAGCGAGGAGGAGUUCCGCCAGCGCUCCCCCCAGUGCGGAGACACCCUGCACGCACACCUGGACAUAUGGAAGUCAGCUGCCUGGAUGAAAGAGAGGUGCUCCAUUGGAGACACCAAAGUUACAGGUGGUGAGGAGCUUUGGUCCGAGGCAGACUCGUCCUGUUCAGGCCAGCCUAUUCAUCUGUGGCAGUUCCUCAGAGAGCUGCUGCUGAAACCUCACAACUAUGGACGCUGCAUCCGCUGGCUCAAUAAAGAGAAAGGUAUUUUUAAAAUUGAAGACUCGGCUCACGUCGCGAGACUGUGGGGACAGAGGAAGAACCGGCCCGCUAUGAACUACGACAAACUGAGCCGCUCCAUACGUCAGUACUACAAGAAGGGCAUCAUCCGCAAGCCCGAUGUGUCUCAGAGACUGGUGUACCAGUUCGUUCACCCCGUGUGAGGAGCCGCCGGAGGGAGAAGACGCU